AUGCAAUGUAUUAUUGAUGAAUACGAAUUACACGGAUAUAUUGGUCAUAGAUCAUGUCUACCAGAUCACUCGGCGUUAUUGACACACGUCUCAUUGAAUUGUGAUUAUUGUAUCCCUCAAAACGGACAAUUAGAUAAUAAUACAAAUACACCGUCACAGUUAAGGUAUAAACUUAAUCUCAUUCCCGAUAAUUUCAUGGAUAGAGAUAUAGCAAAACGGGCUCUAUUAGAAAUUAUAGAAAGCAUAGAAUCAUCACGAGAAAGUCAAGAGGAAAUAGACUCACUGUAUAACAAGUUGUGUGAAACAAUUACCAAUGAAAUAAAUCACAGCAUCCCACGUUAUAAUGCAUCACGCCGGACAAGUAAACGUAACAAAAAAGCUAAGCCGUACUGGAACGAAGCUUUGACAGAGAAAUGGAACCAAAUGCGACUAGCCGAGAAUGAUUUUCUGAAGUGUAACGACACGAGGCAAAUAAAAACGGUUAAGCGAUCAAAAUAUCUAGCAGCGCGAAAUAACUUCAAUAAACUUUUACGAAAAACGGAGAGAGAUUAUAAAAGAAGCUUUUCAGUAGAAAUAGAGUUCAUGUCAACUUCAAACCCAAAUGAGUUCUGGAAUAAAAUUAAGCAUCUCGGUCCAAAGCGUGACUCUUCGAUACCAAUGGAAAUAGUUAAUGAGCAUGGGCGCAUUGAUAAAGAUGAAAAUGCAGUUUUUGACAAAUGGAAACGGGAUUUCGAAAACUUGUAUAAUAGCACCGGAAGUGACGAGUUUGACUCCGAAUUCUACAAUAGAGCGAAGUUACACAAACAUAUACUUGAAAUGUCAAUUUCUGACACUCUUUACGCCCCAAAAGAACUGCUGAAUAAUAAUAUCUCCAUCGAAGAGAUCGUUAACGUUGUAAUGAGUGCCAAAUCGAAGUCGGCCUGCGGCAUCGAUAAUAUACCUUAUGCAGUUUUAAAAUUUCCCCCGGUUAUAGCAGUAUUGCAUAAACUUUUUCAACCUAUUUUCGACACGAGUGUUAUUCCUAGCGACUGGAGAAAGGCAAUUAUAUGUCCGAUUCUAAAAGACAAGAGUUCUGACAAACGAUUACCGUUGAACUAUAGAGGUGUAUCUUUACUUUCAUGUGUAGGUAAAUUAUAUAGCUCUUUGAUAAACAAAAGAAUAACAUUCUAUUUAGAAAACGAAAACUUAUUGGCCGAUGAGCAGAAUGGAUUCAGGCGAGGAAGAUCGUGUGAGGAUCAUAUAUUUACUUUAAACAGUCUUGCUCGUAACCAAGACAACUUACAUACCGCCUUUAUAGAUCUUCGCAAAGCUUUUGACUUUGUAGAUAGAGAUAUGUUAUUUUACAAGCUUCUACUAAAUGGAAUAGAAGGGAAAGUUUACAAUGCAGUGAAAAUGACUUAUAGGUCCAUGGGGCCGGGCGAUUUAUUUGUUCUGUAA